AUGGUGCACCCGGAGCGCCUCAUCUGCGUGCUCCUGCUCACGGUCGUGAGCUUCGUCGAGAUCCCGCUCUGGUGCCUCGAGCGCCGGUCGGACGUCUUCGCCUGGGAGGACGCGCGCGCGCUCUGCGCCGCGCCGGGCCGCGUCUACCUGUCGGGCACGGACUACCUGCCCGUCGGCGCGACGCUCCUGGCCGAGUUCGCGUGCGUCGGGUACCUCGCGACGCUCGUCGGCAUGGAGGCGGCGUUCGGCUUCCGGGACGGCGCGCGCUUCCGCGCCCGCGCCGCGGCGACGGCGGCCUACGCCGCGGACUGCGUGCUCUUCCUCGUCGCGGAGGUCGGCUUCGGAUCGCACCCGGCCUUCCGCUUCGCGCCGUACCUGCGCGUCGCGCUGCUCGCGGUGAACGUGACGGCGAUCUACGAGUCCUUCGAGGCCGUCGUCGCGCUGCUGCCCGCGUUCUUCAACGUGUCGGCGCUGCUGGCGCUGUGCGUGGGCAUCUCCGGGUGGCUCGCGGCGAUCACGUUCGACGACCUCGACUUCGAGAACCGCGAGGGCGUCGACGUCAACGACGGCUUCGACAGUUUAGGGACGUCGAUCUACACCAUGUUCUUCGUGUCGACGACGGCGAACUUCCCGGACCAGAUGCUGCCGUCCUUCACCUACCGGCGGACCUUCGGCCUCUUCUUCUUCAUCUACGUGCUGCUCGCGGUCUUCAUCUUCCUGAACCUGAUCCUCGCCGUCGUCUACAACGAGUACUCGGACUUCGUCAAGGGCCGGGUCAUCGAGGCGAACCGGAACCGCGCCCGGGGCCUCAACGAGGCGUUCAAGCUCCUCGCGGACGCCAAGGGCGACGACGGGAGCCCGCAGAUCUCGCGCGACGCCUUCGAGAAGCUCGUCGAGCACACGAACGACGUGGAGCGCGUGCCCCGCGUGGAAGCGGGCGAGGUCGCCUUCUUCUUCUCCAUCAUGGACGACGACAAGUCCGGCGCGAUCUCCAAGGCCGAGUUCUACGACGUCUGCGACAUCCUGCAGUACUCGUUCGUCAAGGUGCGGACGACGACGUGGCUCCAGCGAAACCGGCCGGACGUCGCCGCGUCGGAGGAGUACGCCCGGCUCGAGGCCUUCGUGAGAUCGCCCCUCUUCCCCCGCGUCUCCAUGGCCGUCCUGCUCCUCAACACGGCCGUCGUCUUCCUCUCGUCGUACCUCGACCUCGCGGACACGCUGACGCCCGGCGGCGAGGAGGCCUUCGCCGUCGUGGAGAUGCUCUUCUCCAUCGCCUACGCGGCGCUGCUGGCGGCCCAGCUCGCCGUCGAGCCCUUCGACGAGUUCUGGCUCCACACGUCGAACCGCUUCGACGCGACGGUGACGGUCGUGCUCUUCGGCGCGGCGGUCUUCUGGGCGCUGCCCUUCGUCGACGUGUCGCGGGACGUGCUCCACCGCCUGACCAUCCUGCGCCUCGGCCGGCUCCUCACGGUCCUGAACCAGGUCGACCGCUUCCGCCUCAUCUGCGAGUGCGUCGCGAAGAUCGUCCCCGCGUCCACGGGCGUCGUCGGCGUCCUCUUCUGCGCCGGCGCGCUCUGGUCCGGCGCCGGCGUCCAACUCUUCGGGGGGCUCGUCUACGACGGCAACGGCGCGCUCGAGGGCUCCGACUACCUCGACAGCCACUACGACGUGCUCAACUUCAACGACUUCGCGAUGGGCUUCCUGCCGCUCUUCGCCAUGGUCACGUCCGGCGGGCCCUACACGGAGUUCGUCGAGGCGCUCAACGACGUCUCCGGCGCCAAGGGCGCGGGCUACUACUUCUUCGUCUCCUUCUACGUCGUCGGCGUCCUCAUCUUCUUCAACGUCUUCUCGGCCUUCGUCAUCGACGCGUUCCUCAGCCAGUACACGGAGGCGCGCGCGCUCGCCCACGACGACGAGGCCGACACCCUCGACCAGUCCUGCGUCGAGGAGGGGUACCGCAUCGUCGCCACGCGCCGCUCCGCGCAGAACGACGUCUACCGCGCCAUGUUCCUCGAGGACGACGACGGCGACGACGACGACGACGACGACGAGGGCGGCGUGAUCAACUAG